AGCAUCCCGCAAAGCGCGGAGCCCGCGCCCUAGGCCUGCGGCUGCGGCGAUGAAGAUCUGGAGCUCGGAGCACGUGUUCGGCCAUCCCUGGGACACGGUGAUCAAGGCGGCCAUGCGGAAGUACCCUAACCCGAUGAACCCCUGCGUGGUGGGCGUGGAUGUGCUGGAACGCAGCGUGGAUGGCUGUGGGCGCCUGCACAGUCUGCGCCUGCUCAGCACCGAAUGGGGGCUGCCUGGCCUCGUGCGAGCGAUUUUGGGAGCCAACAGGACCUUGACGUACAUCAAAGAGCGCUCCGUUGUGGAUCCGGCUGCCAGGAAAAUGGAGCUGUGUUCCACCAAUAUCACGCUCACGAAUCUGGUAUCAGUGAAUGAGAGGUUGGUGUACACACCUCAUCCAGAGAACCCUGAAAAGACUGUGCUCACUCAAGAAGCCAUCAUCACUGUGAAGGGAAUUAGCUUGGGGAGCUACCUGGAAAGUCUAAUGGCCACCACGAUAUCCUCCAAUGCAAAGAAGGGGUGGGCUGCCAUUGAGUGGAUAAUUGAACAUUCCGAGAGCGCCAUAAGCUAACAGGUCUGCCACCCAUGCCUGGUGACACAAGGGGCAGUCACAGUAACUUCUUAACCUGUCAGAUGUCUCACCAAAAAGAGUCAAAGAAGAAAGGAAAGGAAGUGUGGACGAAUAAAGAAGACGAGAGGCAAGUGUGGCUGAGGCUCCCACCAAGUCUGGAAGAGGUGUCUGCUGGAAUCUUUCCUCCCAGUGCAGCAUCAGGCCCAGGCGCCAGCUCUGUGAGGCUGUGUGAGGCCGUUUCUUGGGAGUGGUGUGGAGCCCUGGUCUGCUGGGCUCUACUGUAGGUGCUGUGCUGUGGGCACUGUGCUGGGCAGUACUGGGCUGCACUGCCUCUGUGUUGGUUUUAAGCUUUUAUUUGCUUCUGGAAGGAGUGUUACUUCUGUGUGCUGGCUCUAGUCACUCCACCAAAAGAGAGCUCCCCUUUCCUCAUGCCCUGCCAGCUAAGCUGGGGUAGGUCCCCCAAACCUUCCCCAGGGGCCUGGCUGCUGUCCUCUGUUCCUGGUAGCCCUAUGUCCUUAUAGUGUCCCACUUGCCUCUGUGAAGGAGAAUGAGAAGUUGCUCUCUGGCCCUCAGGGUCCCCAUCAUGCCCUGAAUCCAGAAACAGUUUGGGAGCUCUCUACACAGGCCACUAUGGGUUCCAGCAGCAACUGGGAUUUCCAUACUCAAGACCGGCCUUGAACUCUGUGUGUGACUGAAGAUGCCCUUGAACUCUUCCUUCUGCUUCCCCAUUCCCAAGUCUUGAGAUUACAGACUUGGACUGCUAUACUUGACUCUUUUUGGUUGUUAUUCUUGAGACAGAUCUUGCUAUGUAGCCUUGGCUGUUCUGAAACUCAUGGCAUUUCUCCUGCCUCAGCAUCUCAAGCAUUGGAAUCACAGGUGUGGACCACCAUGCCCAUUAUGGGAUUCUUGUCAAGUCCCAACUGUCUUUUCAACAGGAUCUCUUGACAAGCCUGGGUGGCCCUUGAAGACUGUGGGAACCUCCUGCUAUCUACAAAGAGCUGUCCAGCGAAUUCCCUCUCUCCAUAUCCUGGGGUUUGAGGUCUGGCUGGGGUGUGAGUGGUGGUUUUGUGCUCUUGUCCUAGAUUGAACCCCUCCCCCACACGUACACUGCCUUCCUGCCUCAGAGUUUCUGCUUCUCAUUUUCUUUGUAGUCUUUAGUCUGUCGGUGUUUCAGUCAGGGACGUGAGCAUGCGGUGCUGCCAUCUUUUGUUUUGAGACAAAGUCUCAUAUAACUCAGGUUGACCUUCAACUCACUGUACAUGAGGCUGUCCUCCAUCUUCUUCCACCUCUUACAAAUUACAAGUGAGCACUGUCAUGCCUGGCUUUCUACCAUCUUUAAAUCAAGGUUGUUUAACACACACACACACACACACACACACACACACACGUAAUUCAUGUUUGUACUUUUAAAAAGGAAUUAAAUCUGUUGACUAGUAGAGACCUCUGCUCUUCCUCUGUUGGUCCACUCACUAUUUCUAGAACUUUCCUAUGCCUAUGAAAGUUGACGUCUUUUGCUUUCAUUAAACUCGG